UUUGCCUCUGCAAUUGUCACACAAAGUCACAUUCACACCCGUCACUUGCUCUGUUUUGCUCUGUUUCCCCUGUUCUCGCCGCUUCUCUCUUUCCCUCUCUCUCUCUCCUCCAAUUCGUUCACAAACACUCGUCUGAGACUUCAACUGAAUGAAACUCAGUUAAUCUUCAACGGGGUUUUGCUUAAUUUCGUAAUUUGCUCAUCCGAAAAGACAGGAAAAAAGAAACCAGAAAAACAAAAAUAAAGAAAAUGGUUCAGGGGAUUGAUUCUGAUGGGAUUUUCAGGUGGAACGAUGAUUUUGAUGGCGGUGGUGGGUUUAGUGACGCUUCUGGUGCUUCUGAGUGGUCUCAGAAUUCGGAGUCUUUGAAGCGUGACAUUGGUUCUGCUUCUGCUCAUGAGCACAAUAUCUCAGAAGCUGCAAACAAGAGGCUCAAGCAAGUUCCCAUUGAUUCUAAUGAAAAGGCUCAACUGGCUCAAAUUCUUCUAGGCUUACGUCCUCUUGGUUUGAAUCUUGGGAAGACACCCUCUUUUCUGGACUUAACAGAAAUGAAUGUGCCCCGGAAAAAUAAGAUUAUUCGAGCACCCGAAAUUAUUCAUAAUGAUUUUCAAUUAAUGUCUGACAAGGAAAAACUGAAGGCUUCUAACUUUGGUGCAACAUUACUCAGAAUUGGUUCAUUUCAGAGAAUAACUCAACAUGAAGGUGAUCUGGUGGCCAAAUGUUACUAUGCUAAGCGAAAACUGGUGUGGGAAAUCUUAGAUCAAGGUUUGAAGAGCAAGAUUGAAGUGCAGUGGUCCGAAAUUUUAUCAAUGAGAGCUGUUAUUGAAGAAAAUCAGCCUGGAAUUCUAGAAAUUGAGUUAAGCCAGCCACCUUCUUUCCACCGGGAAUCGAAUCCGCUGCCAAGAAAGCAUACCAUGUGGAAUGCGGCAACAGAUUUCACCAACGGUCAAGCUCUCAUUCACAGGAGGCAUUAUGUUCAAUUUGCUCCAGGUGUUCUUGACAAACACUAUGAGAAGCUCGUAAAACGCGAACUCCGGUUUUUCGAACUGAGCCAAAAACCUUUCCCAAGUCGAAGAUCUCCCUACUUUCAGUCAGACUCCAACGAUGGAAUUGCAGAAUUUUCUUUUAAUUUUGAUGGACAUGGGCCAGAAAUCCCCUCCAAUUUACAUUCAACCUUGUCACCAUGUGUCCAGACACCUCCUACUCAACAAAUUCGAAGAUAUGAACAAGCCAAACCAUCUCUUAGGAUCAAGGAUUCGACUUCACCAAUAUCAGUUAUGGAUUUUUCUUCGACUUUAGAUGAGGUAAACUGCUUCCAAGCUGUUGAAAAUCCACAUAUGCCAUACUGGGAUCAAGGAAGAAUCACAGAAACGACCAACUUUGCAGAGUUUUUCGGAGGAGAGCAACUUCCAGGAUUGGUUUCUGUUGCUGCAGCACCUCAAAUGAAUCCAACCAUUUCCUUCCAGAACUUUAAUGCAUAUGAUCAAGCGUUGGAACGCGCUAAUCUAGAGUCUCAAAUGCUCGCUUCCAUUGAAAACAAGUUGUUCCUUGAGUCACAAGUUGAGUUUAGUGAUCAACAAUUCAUGACACAGGCCAACUCGCUAAUUGGAUUCCCAGAGCAAGUGAAUUCUGCAGUUGGAACUGGUACAAGGCACACAAACUAUGGACAACAAAUGACUGGUAACGGAAACUUGGUUCCCAGUGCAACUGUUAAUGCACUCCAGCCUCAUCCAAAGAGCUGGGUGCCGCCACCACCUCAACCAGCCAGCUGGGGGGUGCCGCCACCACCUCAACCAGCCAGCUGGGGGUUGCCGCCACCACCUCAACCAGCCAGCUGGGGGGUGCCGCCACCACCUCAACCAGCCAGCUGGGGGGUGCCGCUACCACCUCAACCAGCCAGCUGGGGGGUGCCGCCACCACCUCAACCAGCCAGCUGGGGGGUGCCGCCACAAGGUUCUGCCGAGAACUCAGGGAUGUAUAUGGCUGGGCACAACUCACUGCAUUCACCUUUCUCUCAAAAUCAAAGGAUGGAAGAUUUCAAUAAUUUGGCAAACCUUUGGAAUCCACAAAGAUGACCUGGGAUAAGUGUAUAUUGCCUCAGUUUCAUCCCUUUGGUUAGGUUAGUAUUAUUUUUGUGGAUAUCCUUGUAGAGAGGGAUUAUAUAGUCUUGAUCCCCUGUUUGUUUGGUUGGUUAGUGCUUGAUUAGCAUUUUUCCUUUUUAAUUAACUUUUCCAAAAGCAUUCAGGCUUCAGCGUUGGCAAUGCUUCUGUCCAACAAUGAAUGGUCCGAGGGAUGUUCUUGAAAUUUGUUCAAGAUUUGGGUAUACAUGCAUUCCAUAUGAAAAUCUCUCCAAUUCCAACCUUGACGGAUU